AUGGGCAAGCUCAGCAACAACAACGAGAACAAGACCCCUCAUCUGCUGAGCCAGCCUCGUCAUCAUCGACCCGACGCCACUCAAGAGGAGACUUCAGCGGCCCAAGACAACUGGCAGUCCUAUGGAUGGCAAGAAUACGAAGACGAAAAGUCCUGGGACUGGCAAUGGAGCGAUCGGGCCAGCAUCGAGGCACAAGCCAGUCCAGAGAACAGGGAUGGCGAGAUCAGACAGCCCCCUACACCACCCAGCAAGAGGUCGCGAAGCACGCAGGUGACCGAUGGGCUGGAGGCCAAUCAGCCAGUGGCCUCAGCCACUCUCCCCCACACGCCGCAACUUCAAAGAUUACAUGCUAUUGUGGAACAUUUGGAGAGCCUGGCCAAACAAGGGCUACCCACCAUGCUGGAGGCCUUCCAGCGCAGCGACUACCAGACCAGCAUGCACGACGACUUCCACAACGAUGAGGCCACAGCUCACUGGCCACGGGUAGGCAACUGGAACUUGGCACUGACAGGGAGCCUACUGUGCCCCUUCUUUCGAGUCAAGUACAACAAUGUUCGCAAGCUGGGCGAUUUCAUGGAGAGCUUCACGGUCUGCAAGGCUAGGGAGCAACCUGUUGCUGACUGGUUCCCACAAUACACGGAGCUGGUUCAACUUGUGUCGGAUCUGGUUGGAGCCUGCAGCCAGGCUGUGCACGACAGCCUCCAAUGGAACAUGAACCCGGCCGAGCUCAGGGACCGGGCACCUCUCACUCCACCACCUUCGGCGACACUGGCACUCACAAAGCUACAAGCCAAACACGAUGCAGAAGUGCUGGGCUCUGCCACGGAAGAGGAGGAACAGCGAAGCCCCACCACGCCCAUGGACUCCCCUGUUGAACAGUGGGAAGGGGAACAAUGGGAAGAAGAGGAUGCCGAAGAAGAAGUCCCCGUCGUGGAGCAGGACGAAGACAUUCAAAUCGUCGAGGUGAGCCAGGCCUCGCACAAGCAGGACGGACCAGCACUUAGGGAGCCCGCAUGGGCCCCUCCCGCAGCAGAACAGCAUCGCCUCAUAGGAGGCACAGAAACGUGGAUGCGCCAAUUUGGUGUCCCAGCUAGUGUCAGGGGCUCGCGUGCCAUGGAAGUGUCCAAAGCGCUCACGCAAGUCCUCCGCCACACAGCGCCACGCAUUGGACUACAAAUGGGGGAGGAUGGCUAUGUUCUGAUGGAUGACCUGCUACAGACCCCAUGCUUCUGGAACCAAUGGAUUCGAGAAGAAGAGAUUGUUGACGUGAUACACUACAACAAGAAAAGCAGGUUCCAAGUGGGAGUUCGAGAUGGUCGCUACCUGGUCCGAGCCAUGCAAGGACACUCCAUUGUCCAUGUCAGGGAUGAGCUCUUGCUCACCCUCCUCUCCGAGGAUGAGGCCCCAGAGUAUGCUGCACAUGGCACCUACUACGACUUCUACGAAAGCAUACUCAAACACGGCCUAGUGGCAGGGGGCCAGCAAGGGGCCGCCUUUAGGCGGCAUAUCCACAUGGUCGCGACACUACCAUGGGAGGGACCCAUAUCCGGGAUGAGAAACAGCUGCGACAUACUGAUCUGGAUCCGGACACGCCAGGCGGUGGCCGAAGGUGCCAUCCGCCUGUACAGAUCGGCAAACGAUGUGUUCCUCACAGAGGACGCCGUAGGGCCGCGGUUCUUUCACAGUGUGCAGGUACUAAGUACCAGACAGGUGUUGCUCUCGAAAGAUGAGCCACCGCGCCCGCCUUUGGUCGCACUCGCCGUCAGUCGGCGAUACAUGAGG